ACUUUCGGUCAGCUCAUCGACACACCCACAACUCCCGUCGGCUUGAAUUGGCAAACCAUCAAUCACCCGCCAGUUCCGAAACCAAGACCUCCGGCUACAAUUGAUCUCCUCUACAACUCUAGCACUUAUGGCAUGCCGUCUUAACUAAGAAAUACGGACUGAUUUCGCGACCCAUUUUCGGUGUCCAUCGCAUUCAUCGUGUUUGUUUACUUUCGCCCCGAGACGAGCAAAACCACGACAAUGGCGAUGCGAGGUGGCCCGCGUCUCCAGGUCGGUUCGGCGGCAUGGAUCGCGGAAGAGAGGGACUCUGCGCUUAGCAUCGCGCGCUCUGAAAUCGAAGAAUUCUCCUUCUCUGCGCGUAACGAGUUGGACUGGUUGAAUGAACACAUGGCCGAGAUUUUCUCUGAAAACCAAAUGAACGUCGCUGAACUCUUCAAGACUCCUGGGAAACUACGCGGCAAGACUCCACGGACUGUGAGAAAGGCAAACCCUGGGAGCGUUCGCGUUCCGUUGUCGGAUGUAUUCUCGGAGACACAAAAGGGAGUGCCUAUUACUUUUCCGAGUCCAAAUCUCACCCGCCCACAAACACCACAGUUUCAGGUGGCAGAGGACAAGCCUGAGCCGCCGGUUGCCCGCCAUGAUAGUCCACCCAAACCGGCCGUGGUCCGUCCUCCUCAGCCUGUGGAACCGCGAGUUCCCAUCUCACUGGCGGAUUCCGGCUAUCAUGGCAGCCAAUCUCAGGACACCGUGCCCUUUGAUCACUUUGACAAGUUCGACAAGGAUAUCGAGAUGUCGGAUAGCCCUGAUGAAGACAAGGAGACGGCAGAUCCAGAGUCAUCUGUGUCGAGAGCUCCGGUGGAGCAACGGAGCCCUUCUAUUGCUUCAGCCGGAAUCUUUCAGUCUGCGGAUGACGGCCAGACUCGACAGCCCCCAACACACGCAACAGCAAAUGUUGCCCCAACCCCGUCCUCGACCAUACAGCAGCCUAGCAGUCCAUUUGCCUCCCGCACCCGGUUACCUGUCAUGUCGCCGCGGUCACCUUCGCCGAAAAAGACCUCAUCACCGCUCAGGCAUUCGCCUAAGAAGUCGUCACCCCAAAAACCAGCCCCAUCUGACACUCAAUCAGGCUUUCCGAAGCCAGCGGAGGCCCUUAGAGAUUCUACAGACAACCAGAGCGACAAAGGGGGCGACGAAGCCAUUUUGGAUGAUGUCAGGUCUCCGUCUGACGCUUCGAGCCCCAUCAGACCUAUUGUGCGUACGAGCAGUAUAAACUUUGCGACCUUGCCGGCUCGCGAGCCACUGGCUUCCAAGAAAAGCAUUGGCGGAGCCCGCAUUUCCAGGACAAGCCACCUCGACUUCAGUCGGCCCAGCUACUUCAACCGUCAUACCGGAGGAAAGAGCCUUGGUAAUGUCACCCGGCCAGAUCUGCAUCUUGACAAUGAUGAAAUGGACGCCGAUGACGAUGUCACGGUCCAAAAUGAAGCCAGCGUUGCGCAGACAAAGACACACACCCAGCGGCUACAGGACCAGAUCAGCAUGCUCGGAAAGGCACAACCCACUGGACCUAGACUGUCAAAGUCUAUCGCGAGUCUUUUCCCUUCGCAGCCAGUCGUGCGGAAUACACAGAACCAGACCCAGUCGGAGGCCGCAUCGGCCGAGAGGUCGGCAUCCCCCAAGCCAGCAUCCCCCAAGCCUAAGCCGAAGCAGUCAGUGGCCGCACCUGGUGCUUUCCCUUCAGACGAUGAAGAUGACUGGAUAGCCCCGCCCACUAAACCCGAAAAAUCUUCAAGCCCACGGCCGGAGCCCUCAAAGAGACACUCCCCGAGUUUGACCCACGGGCAAGCAAACAAGGAUACGGGUAGUGCGGAGUUCAUGUUCCCUAAGAGCAGGCCGGCUUCACCUAGCAAGGCCGUGUUCAGCCCCAGCCGAACGCCUGGCACGCCUUCGCACAGCAAAUCCGCCUCAGUCCCGGCUUUUCCAACCAUAGAUCAGCUCACCUCAGACAUCGAGGACAAUGCACUGAAGAAGACAAUAUCUGUAUCGAAUCCCACACUCUCCACAGUCGCUGAGGAUGGCUGUGUCGAUAAUCCUCCCAAGUCUCCCACGCGGGGUUUCAGGGAUAAUCCUCUCAAGCAGGUCAAGCACAAGCUAACGUCUCUGCUGAAGAGUUCUAAAGGCCUGAUAGUAAGCGGCGCAGCAAUCAGUGCCGAGGGGAAAACAUCUUUACUGCACUCUUCUUCAACAACGGGACUAGGAUAUCACCCGAGCCCGUCCGUUGAGUCCUUUAAGACGGCAGACAACGUCGCAUACCCAGAUCUCUCUCGGCAAAUUUCGGCUACUUCAGCACCUCUUAGCCCGGUGCACAGCAGCAACACACGGAAUACCAGAGCAUCUGCCGAGAGGGAGAGACGGGAGGCCAAGGACCGGGAGAAGGAGGAGAAGGAGAAGGAGAAGGAACUCAAGGAAGCAAAACGGAUGGCCGAGCAAAUGGAGAAACUGGAGAAGGCUCGCGAGCUUGAACGAGAGAAGGCCCGGGUAUUUAACAAAGAGCAGGAGAAGAUUGCGGCCAUGGAGCGGCAGGUUUCCCUCCAAAAGGAGCAAGAACGAGCCGCCCAAGCUCAGAACAAACCCCAGGAUUGGCGGACCCCUGGCCCUCAGCCAAAGCGCGUCCCUAGGAGCCCGCCGAAGACGGGAAGGACAACCCCGCGGAAGACGAAGGGACAGGCUGAAGAAGACGGUAUAACGACAGCAACCCUUUCAGAUGAGCUUGAUCUGGACAUGGCAGAUGCUCCAUCUACCGUUCCCCCGCCUUCAAUCCCACGUCCUACAACUGCAUCGUCGGUCAGGACGCAGGGGAAGAGACCAGUCAAGCCCACAAAGGAAGCUCUAGCCAAGCCUAAGCAAGCGGCAACUGUCAUUAGGGUGACCACCAACAGCUCUCAGCAGUCGCAGCUCCAUCCUUCGAACAGUGUCCUGGCGGCAACUCUUCAGGAGACGCUGGGAGCACAGCAGCCUGCUCCGCCCAGACAGCUCAACAACAAAACGAGCCAGUCCUCUCUCCACGCAAAGCAGUCCACCCAGAGCCUCAAGAGUUCCUCGUCCAGCCGACCCAAGGCGCUUGAGCUGGCCGCCAAGCGAAAGGAACAAGAGGAACGGGAAGCGCAGCGGAAACGCGAGGCCAAACUGGAACUGGAGCGCAAGCGCACCGCCGUGAAAGAAGAACAAAAAGACCGAAAGGCAGCUCUGGUCACCAAGGCUGACAUCGAAAAGGCUAAGCUGACUAAGGCACCCCCACCAGCCGUCAGAUCUCAACCAACUGGGCCUCCAGAGUACAGCAUUGAGGACAAGGCGAACACAAGGCCCCCCUCGCAGCUGGGCUCUUCGGCGCAUCAGGAAGGUCGGCUUGUAAACACGGUUCUAUCGAACACUAUGAAGGCAUCUUCAAAGCGACCGCUGCCGCAUGACCCUCAAGAGGAUGGUUCUAGAUCUCAGCAGCAGCGGGCUUUGCCGUCUCUCGCGGCCAAGGACGGGAAGCGCAUGCGCAUGAGUGAGGAGUUCGAUGAGGAUAUCGAUAUGAUCGAUAGCCAGCGAAUCAUAAAACCCCCUGUCAGGCCGUCAGGGGGUAUUAAGAAGGUAAGCGAAGCUGUAAACAUGGCCAAACUGGGCGCGCUGACCUUCUCUCAGGAUCUGCCGACCAAGCCAGUGUACAAAGGCCAUACCAAUGCACCGCCCAGUGCCAGUGGGAAUCUUUACCGAGCCACAGUAACGACGCAACACCUCAACCAGACCAGUAUUACCCACCCACUGGAGAUGGCUCAGCUAUCCCAAGCCAAAAUCCCCUUUGCGCAAAACUCCGGCGCACCGGGGACAACUCACAAGACACCCAUCCGCCCUCCUGGAGGUGCCGUGCCCCCCAAAUCUUCCAAGUCGGUUGCUCGAUCGUCACCACGGUUCCCGAACGGGGAGUCGAUCGAGCUGCCCGAUAUCCAGACGGACGACGACAGCGACGACGGCGACGCGCACUUUGAGUUUGCGGCGUGGGCGGAUUCUCCGGCGCUCAAGGCGGCGCUUCUGGCGCAGGAGCGCGUGGACCCGAUGCAGGUGUUUGGCCCGCCGGCGCCGCUCAACAUGGAAGAGGUGUUCAACAAGAGCAGAGACCGGUGGCACAAGUUCCGGGCUCGGACCAGCAGCGCCAACUGGAGCGGGACUGACCGCCUCACCGAGGAGGAUAUCAAGAAGGACAUGCAGGCGAGGGACAAGAUGCGGCGCGAGGGCGGCUGGUCGUAUGAGCUCAGUCGGGAGAUGUCGUAGGUGGCUUUUGCGAGCUGCCGCUGUUGGCGUGGGAGAUUGUACUAUAGUAUCGGAUUGUCAUUUUUUGGCGUUUUUUGGGGGUUCUCUCUGGGGUAGAGAUUGUUGAGCAUGGUUUAGGUUGAAUCGCAGGGGCAUCUCAGAGGUUAGAGAAGAUGGUGGCCAGCAUUAGAGCGAUGCUGUAUGCAGUCGCAUCAAUGGACUUGGAUCUUAAUUCGGUCAGAGUUUCGCGAGCGAGUUUCGGAACUCCCAUGGUUUUCCAAGAUGUCACCGUGAUUUUUG